GUAUAGCUUUCGAUCCGACUGAGAAAAAAAUAUUUUUAUGUGCUGCGUCUGUUUGUUUUUUAUUUUGUUUAUUGUUUCGAUAAGACGAUAAAAUGGAGCCAUGGAUAAAUAAUUCGGGAGCCAUUUUCGGGGUCUGAGUUAAACGGAGAAAGAAAGGCCGGCCAUCAAAGAAAUAAUACCCAAGAUGCUCCUAACAAAUUAACAUAAUUAAGGCGCCUGCCCAAUGGCUGAACAUUAGGAGAGAGAUAUAUCGAAAAAUACACGCACUUUUGUGCCGCGAUCAUCAACGCGAUCAAAUGCAAAUGAGGCGACAUCAGUCAAGAGGCCGAAAGCGAAAUGUGCAUCAUCAACACGAAAUCUUUGGGCUGGCAAUUGCAUAAUACGUAGAGCUAACCAAACACGACCCCAUUUCCGAAAUCGCAAAACCCCGAUUGUUGAUACACGGCCGACGAACACAACGAAGGUAGAUCCAAAGUUUUGCAUUAAGUAUACGCUACGUGGACCCCUGCCGUCAUAAUGGAUCUAAUGGAGCUGAUGCAUCAGCUGUUUCUGCACAUAUUCGACAUUUUUAAGAUAUACGUCAAGUUCGCCUUGAUUACGUUGAUCAUUUACUUCUUGGCCGAGUGGUAUAUCCUCAGAUAUGGGGCAGAAUUAGAGGCCGAACUGGAUGCCCAUCUGGUAGAAGGUGCCGAACUGAGAGAGGAAUCCCCGGAGCGACCCGAAUCGAACAGCACUCUGAGCAAGGUGUUCCGAUUCGUGGUGAACUUUUUCAUCCUAUAACAACCGAAUCGACUCGACUCGACUCGAUUGAACCCACUUGUCAAGGUCAAUCGCUCGGCUGAAUCGGUUUUGCUUUUUCGCGGAAUUGCAAUUCGAUUCAGCCAGCCACAUCUCAAGGCUCCUGUUAAGAGAAUGUAAAAAUCGAACCAGUUGCAUUUAACAACAGAAAAAUACAAAACAACAUAAAAAAAAUCCAAAGCAAAAGCUGCAAAAGUAAACACAAUCUUUAUAUGUAAUAAACAAUAACAAUAAGGAGCUGUAAAAAAA